AUGAGUGAAGCACAGGAUCCCUCCUUCCUUCUUGUAAAAAUUCUGGAAGAUUUAGAUUCUAAGCAAAAUUCUGUCUCUUACCAAGAUCUUUGCAAGUCAUUAUGUUCCCGUUAUGAUUUACCCGAACUUGCCAAACUACGUAGCCUCCUGUAUUAUACAGCAUGCCAAGAUCCCAACUUUCCAGCAAGCCUCUUCCGGGACAAGAUGAGAAAUGCUGCAGAGAACCAACAGUCAAAGAAAAUCAUUGCUGCUGCUGAUAUUGUUACAAUAUUUAACUUAAUACAGAUGAAUGAUGGAGUGGCUAAAGAGAAGCUUCCAAUUUCUCAGCAAUCUAAGCAGAAAGAAUCAAUAGAGUUAGACAAUGAAGUGUAUAGUGGAACAGAUCUUGCCCCUCAUAAGGAAACACAGAAAAGGGACACUAGUCGGACUUACUCCAUUACUAGAUCCUCCAGCUGCCACAAGGAUGAGUGUGAAGGAUGCCAUACAUUUCUUCCUGAACCAAAUUUCCUCUUGGGAGUUAAAAAGGAAGGUAAUGAUCGAGGUGGCUCCCUAGACAGACUCCAAGCUUUGGAUUCUUACCCAAUAGGGACUUCAGAACCCUGUGAAAUGCAAAGUACUUACUUUCCCAGUCAGCCUCUUUCUGAACCAGAAUCAUUGCCACCCACACCAAACGAGGAGCCGUUUCGUCUAUCAUCUUCUACUGGACAGAGGAGGAAUAUCUUUAAGGAUGAUUUCCACAACCUCCUAAGUAUUUCUCCAAAUGCUACAAUGAAGAAAACUGAAGGAAGGAUAAACCCCAAAACAACAGUUUUCUUUAAUCAUAGUUUUGAGAUGCCAUACAGUUCCCAUUAUCUGAGCACUGCUUACUCCUCUGAGGACAGCAGAAGGGUAAAGCAUGAGAGCUUAGAUGAUCUUCAGGCUUCCACUUACUUUGGUCCAACAACAGGGCUUGGAUCACAAGAACAUAAAAGAAUUUUAAGCAAGCCAAGACAGCCAAUCACUAAACCAGUAAAGAGCUGGAGUCUGAACACUGAGGAAGUGCCUGAUUUUGAACGAUCUUUUUUUAACCACCGUAAGGAAGAAAGUCUUUGUUACCCAACCAAAGGGUUAGCACAGAGUGGAAGCUUUGUAUCAGCUCCAGAUCAUCAUCAUUCUUAUUUGCCAGAUCUAGGUAUAAAAGCUAAUGCAAAGAAAUUUUGUGAACCACAAGAUGUAGAAAAACAGGAGGCUCUGAGGAGAUUUCGUGACAAGAACAGCAAACCUACAUCUUGUCAGUUCAGCAUUGACAAGACAGAAAGUGUAGGCACCCAGACAGAACAAACAGAGACAAAAAAGGGAAAGGAAUCAAAUGUUCCCUCUACGUGUACUCGGUAUGGAGAAGGCAGAGCUCGUAAUCAAUCUGAAGCAGACUCUGAGCUAAUUAGUGAUGAUAUAAGUGAUAUAUUCCGCUUUCUAGAUGAUAUGAGUCUUUGUGGUUCUUCUGGAAUUCCUCAGUCAUCUUGCUACAACAGCAGUGGAUCUUUAACUCAAGCCCAACGAACAGAUCAUGAAAGUUCUCCUGAGCAAGGGACAAACAAAACAAAUACCAAGCCAACCAAGGGGCCUCGGACUGAGACAGGGGAAGAGGAGGAGUUAAAGUCUAGUGUCAGAAAGCUUGUCUUGAGAAUUGGAGAGAUUGAAAAGAAGCUGGAGUCACUUUCAGGUGUGCGUGACGAGGUCUCUCAGGUGCUGGCCAAACUCAAUAAGCUGGAUGAGAGAAUGCAGCAGCCAUCAGAGAAAAUAAAAGCAGAAGGGGAUAACUAUUCUCACAAGAUUGAUGUCAUUACCACCACAAGGGCCUCUCCAAAUUCAUUUCAAGAUCAAAAUACUUCCCACAAUGGCAAAUUGGAAAGUAAGUCAGAAUGCUGUUGUUCUGAUGUCAAUAAUGGUACUACUGAGAGCCUUCGAGUCAAAGCCUUGAAGAAAAAUCUCUUUACACAACGGUCUGUACGCUCCUUGACUGAGGAAAUUUCAAUUAGUGAUAAUAAAAUCAGCAACUCACCACAUGACUGCAAACCUUGGGGAUUCCCUAAACAGCAAAGUGUGUCUGAGGAACAAAAAAAAGAUAAAGGAGGGUCAAAUAGCAGAGACUGGCAUCGCAAAUCUAAAGAGGGGGAACGACAACAUGAAAUACCUCAUCUGCACAGGAUGCCCAAACCCCACAAGGAGUCGUUCAUGGUGGAACAGGUUUUUAGUCCACACCCAUACCCAGCAUCCCUAAAGUCCCACAUGAAAAGCAACCCUAUCUAUACUGAUAUGCGUCUCACAGAAAUGGCCGAGGUAAAACGGACUCAGCCAUCAUGGACCAUUGAGGAAUAUGCACAUAAUUCAGGAGAAAAAGGGAGACUGACAGCUUUAGACUUACAGGCUCAGGAGUCUCUGAAUCCAAACAACCUGGAGUUCUGGAUGGAAGACAUUUACACUCCAGGUUACGAUUCUCUUCUAAAGAGGAAGGAAGCAGAAUUCCGCCGUACUAAAGUGUGUAAAAUGGCAGCUCUCAUCACUGCAGCUGCAUGCACAGUUAUACUGGUGAUUGUUGUCCCUAUUUGCACCAUGAAGUCCUAAUCUGCUACAGUGAACAUGGACCACUGGUUAGACACAAACAAGCCAUUGAUACACCAUGAAAGAUGUGACCAUAACAAUGCAAUGUUGCAGUGCAAUAUUAAAAGACAAACCAAAUAGGCUAAUGUCUGUAAUCCAAAUCUUUUAUGUUCCAACUGCUAAGUGGAGUUCAGACUUCAGGUAAAAAGAUCAAUUAUCUUUAUUUUUUCUUUCAUUUCAAGAUCAGUUACCUUGGUACCAUUACUAAGACUCAAUAAUAUUCCUUGUAGUUAUGAAAUCAGCAGUACUAUACAUGAAAGAAAUGAACAGAAUUACCACGGGAGACAGAAAAUA